UAAGAUUUGAUUUGCCUGAGUGUGUUAUGUCUAGUACACAAGUCUUAGGCAUCGCUGGUAACAUUUUGUGAUCUUCAGUUGUCCUGCCAAGUUGUUCAGGAGAGCAAAUUUCAGGAUCAGAGUUGCUCAGUUCAAGAAGGGUCAUGAGGGUACACAAGAGGAAACUCCUGCCGUUGGUUCUGACACUGGCGAUCAUUGUUUACUACAAACCACUUUUCAGUUUAAGAUUGACGUUUGGGACUUCAAAUAAAACAAUCCAGCAGCCUGGUUGGCUAGACCCAACGAGCAGAAAUGAUGUCAUCAAUACGACAGUGAGCGGAGAUUUCAUUCUAUCCAAUGAAAAUGGGAUGGAAUUGACACCGACCAAUGAAAGGAAGCCUUCCGGCCGUGCCACAGCCUUUAUAUUUUCUCAGAUGAGAAGCGGUUCCUCAUUCGUUGGAGAGAUCUUCAACCAACAUCCGGAGUCUUUCUACCUGUUUGAGCCUCUAUGGGCUGCACAGUUCUAUGACAAUGGGACACACAACGUUCCAAAAUGGUACUUAAAACUACUCGAAGGAGUAGCCGAUUGUCAAUUCGAGGGCUUAGAAGACAUACUGGAAUACUUUAUAUCGACUAAGCACUUCGGUGGUUUUCGAAAAAGCACAUCGUUGCGAAAACUGUGUGAGAACUAUGAUCCAAAGCGAGAGUUUUUAUCUGUACGUGACAAAGAUUUAGUCAAUUCUGAAAAGUGUCCGAUUCCAAAACAAGCAAUGGUCCCUGUUUUAAACAAGGCGUGCGCAAUGUCGAAACUCAACGUCGCGAAGAUUAUUCGUAUCAAGGACAUCAAUAUCUUUCAGCAAAUCGUGGCAAAUAGUUCGCUGGUCGGCCGGGAAGUCAAAAUCAUCCAUCUUGUCCGGGAUCCUCGCGCGGUGAUCGCCUCUCGGAUCAGAGUGUCCAACCUACACGAGCCUGCUCCGUUUACAGAUGAGUUUGUAGAGGAAAAAGACGUAGAUGUUCUCUGUAAGCAGAUGGAGCAAAACGUACAAACCCAAGAUGGCGUCCCAGACUGGCUACUCGGCCACUAUGCCCUAAUAAGGUAUGAAGACGUUGCCAUGGCACCGGCCGCCAUGACAGAGAAACUGUAUGGUUUUCUCGGUACCGAAAGUGACGACGCGGUCUUUGAUUGGCUAGCGGAAAACACAAACGCCACGGAGCCCAGUAAAAACGUGUUUUCACGGAAGAGGAACUCCAGGGACACUGUUGACGCCUGGAGACGUAAGCUGAGUCUGUCCGCCGUGCUGAAGAUUCAGGACAUUUGUCGGGACGCGCUGGAGAUGUUCGGGUACAGAACCGUGCAAGGAGAGGCGGAACUAACCAACCUGAGUCUGUCUCUAGUGGGAGACAUGGACAAGAACCUGGUGCAGAUCUCGUGAGAUGGAGAGUAACAUCCAUGAGCUAGUAACUCUGAUAGAAUAGCCCGAGAGGAACCCACAGACUUCCCAAUCUACACGUACUGUUAUAGUACAUGUUCGAACUGCCCUUACAAAAUACAUAUCAUGCAGUCUGUCAACAAAUCUCAUGAAUGUGUUGGUGUCCCCAGAAGGGGUGGGAAUUUCCUACUAUGGGAAGUUCAACAUGGCUGUAUCUUUGAAGAAAUAUCUUGCACUUAAAGAGAGCAAGGCAUCUACAGAGCUCAUAGAUUUUACUCAUGGCAUAACCCCCACUUCCCAUUUCAGUUUUCAAGUAAUCUGCAGUUUACAUGGAGACGCUGGAGUGUUUGCCGUCUUUCUGAGAGAUAAUCAUUCAAGGUCGUGUUUUCGAGAGUGACUGCCAUAGAUUGGGACGCAUGUGUUAAAGGAAAUUUUGAUAUU